AUGUCUGAGAAGGCCCAAAACCCCAUGCGGGAGCUCCGCAUCCAGAAGCUCGUCCUCAACAUCUCCGUCGGCGAGUCUGGUGACAGACUGACCCGUGCCGCCAAGGUGCUUGAGCAGCUGUCUGGUCAGACUCCUGUCUACAGCAAGGCCCGUUACACCGUCCGUACCUUCGGUAUCCGUCGUAACGAAAAGAUCUCGGUCCACGUCACCGUCCGUGGCCCCAAGGCCGAGGAGAUUCUCGAGCGUGGCCUCAAGGUCAAGGAGUACGAGCUGCGCAAGCGCAACUUCAGCGAGACCGGCAACUUCGGCUUCGGUAUCAGCGAGCACAUCGAUCUCGGAAUCAAGUACGACCCCGGUAUCGGUAUCUACGGCAUGGACUUCUACUGCUGCAUGACCCGCCCUGGUGAGCGUGUCGUCCGCCGCCGCCGCGCCAAGGGCAGAAUCGGUGCCUCCCACCGCAUCACCCGUGACGACACCGUCAAGUGGUUCAAGCAGCGCUUCGAUGCCAUUGUCCGAUAA